CCUCACCAUGAAGACUGCCUGAGUCUUUUCUGUUUUGUCUGGAUGUGACAGGGAAGUGGCCGUUGUUUAACCGUGAGCUUACAAGGCAUUAAGAGAGAGAGAGGAAAUUAUCUGCUGGAUUAAAUGAGAUUAUAUCUCAGGAUCAACCCGGUUUGAUGUUACUGUAGUGAGAGCGUUCAGGACUGAAGAUUAAGAGAAAGACUUCAUGUUCUUAUCACUGGAGUGAGGAGACCACAUCACAGCAGGAGAUGGACAUGAAGUGGAUUUAUGCCAUGAUUCUUAUCAUUUCCCAAGCAUGGAGCCAAGAACCAGGAUCUAAUAAAAGCACCUCUGCGAUCACCAGCACUUCUUCUCCUAAAGUUUAUGGAAUCAGAAAUGUAUCUUUCAACCAAGGAAGUGCUGUUAACCUGACAUGCAGCAAUAAGACGUGGAAGGACACCAUGUUUGUUACCUGGGAAAUAAACAAACAGUGUAGAAUAGCCUUCCUACCUGGUGGCGAAAGUGUGGACACUUGCAACGAUGGGAAGUCACUUCGAAACACAUCCAGCUUCCAGUCGUACCUGCACAUCCCAAAGUUCUCAAAGAAAGACGAGGGGGUCUACAAAUGCGAGUCGCCUUACAAAGGAGGGAUAGAAUAUGUUAUUUAUCAUGUGGCUAUGACAGUUCCUCCUUAUGUUUCCAUGUGGCUUGAACCUAAGAACAACAAUGUGGUGGCAGUGUGCACAGCUAAAGGAGGAAACCCUGCAGCCAACAUAAGCUGGAAUCAUGAGGGAAACGCAUCCUCUGUGGUGACACCUGACGCUAAUGAACUUUACUCAGUAGAGAGUCGUCUGACGCUCCCCAAGGGAUUUGACACAAAAAGUGUGCGCUGUAUUGUCAGACACCCCUGCUGGGAACUGGAAAGGAUUUUUGUACUCCAUGAUAUCGCUCCGGUUCCUUGGCUGCUAAUUCUAACUGUUGUAAUUAUCACCGGGCUUUUAGCAGGAUUGUUAUUUAUUUUACAAAAGAAGCUAAGAAUACUCAGGCAGUGCCAGCAGUUGGAACACUCAAACUCCCCAUCCAAACCUCCCCCUACAGAGGAUGUGGAGGAAGUGGAGCCGUAUGCCAGCUACGUUCAACGUGUCAACUCUAUCUAUAACUCAUCUGCAGAUUUGUUCACAUAAAUUCCACACACGCAUGCUGAAAUGACAUCUCGCUUUUUGUGAGAAACCGAAGGCUGUGAAACUGAGUGGUGGUGAAAGAGUACAGAGACUUGAAAGUGAUGAAAAACUUUGUUAAAGAAGGACGCCUAAUGAAUGCUUGACUAAUGGAACAGGGGAUGCACCCAACCCCACAAUGUGGCUCCAAAGCACAGCAUGAAUAACCCACCUCAGUGCAUGUGGGUGUCAUGGAGAACGUUAACAAUAAUCUCAAAAACUACUGUGGAAUAACUACAUCUUUGGUCACACACCGAGACUACAGAAAUGAUAGCAUGACUUUCUUUGCCUAAAGUAAAAUGCUAUGCACCAAUCAUAUUUAAGUUCAGUAUGUAAAAAAAAAAGGUUAAUAUUUUGGUGGAUUUUCUCAAAUCAAAGUCAAAUCAGAGCGCCAAAAAUAACUAUUUUUAUUUAGUGAUUUAAGAUAUCUGAAAUAUUCAUGUUAUGUAUAAAUGAUUUGUAAAUAAAUAUGUCAUAAACCCAC